CUCCAUCUUCCCACCGCCAUUUCGAUCUGAUCUUAUUAUACUUCAGAGAUAGAAGCUGCAAGAAGGGAAAAGUUAUCGGUCGCGAUUUUUUCCUUACAGGAUUCUUCAAGUCGGUUGUGAGCUAUGGGAAAGGGCGAGAAGAAAGGACCAGGGAGAGCGCUUGUGAAGCGCCACAACCAAAUGAUACAGCAAUCGAAGGAGAAAGGUCACUCCCACAGGAAUGUGCUCGAAUCGGUCAUCGAUGUCAACGAUAUUGACGCUGUUAUCGACCAGGCUGAUGAGACGGCUCGCCUAUUCUCCAAUGACCACGCCGUGCCCAACCUCCUUGUUGAUCCGGAUUCCAGCUCUAGUUUUAGUGACAUGAAACCAGAAGAAAUGAGGGAGCAACAAAAGAGAGAAGAAGCAUUGCAUGCUGGUAGUCUUCAAAUUCCACGCAGGCCACCUUGGAAUAAAAAAAUGUCUGCAGUAGAACUCGAUAACAGUGAAAGACAUGCUUUCUUGGUUUGGAGACGUGCCCUUGCAAGGCUCGAGGAGAAUGAAAAACUUGUCCUUACUCCAUUUGAGAAGAACCUAGACAUAUGGAGACAACUUUGGCGCGUGGUUGAGCGUAGUGAUAUGUUGGUAAUGGUUGUUGAUGCUAGGGAUCCACUCUUUUACAGGUGUCCUGAUCUUGAGGUGUAUGCACGGGAAGUAAAUGAGCACAAAAAAACACUGCUUCUUGUUAACAAGGCAGAUCUUUUACCAUUUUCAGUCAGAGAGGAGUGGGCUCAAUACUUUCGUCAGAACGGGAUACCCUUCCUAUUCUGGUCAGCCAAAGCUGCUUCUGCCUCUCUAGAAGGGAAAACCGUGGAAGAGAAAGAAACUAGCUUGCAAGCGUCUGAAGAUGCAAAGAUUUACAGACGGGAAGAGCUUCUAGCCCGUUUACAAUCCGAAGCAGAAGCUAUAGUCUUGAUGAGAAAGAGAACUUAUUCUAGCGUUAUGGUUGGCUUCGUUGGGUAUCCCAAUGUGGGUAAAAGUUCGACAAUCAAUGCAUUGGUUGGUCAGAAAAAGACAGGUGUCACGUCAACACCUGGAAAGACUAAACAUUUUCAAACGUUGAUAAUAUCGGAUAAACUAACUUUAUGCGAUUGUCCCGGUUUAGUCUUCCCUUCUUUCACGAGCUCUCGGUACGAGAUGAUUGCGUCAGGGGUGUUGCCAGUCGACAGAAUGACGCAAAGUCGGGGAGCGGUUCAAGUGGUGGCGAAUCGGGUUCCUAGAAAUGUGAUCGAGUCGGUUUAUAAAAUCACUCUGCCUAAACCCAAGCCUUACGAGCCACAGUCUAGGACGCCUCUGGCUUCGGAAUUGUUGACGGCGUAUUGUUCUUCACGAGGACUUAGGGAUGAGACUCGAGGGGAGCGUCAGAUUAUGAAGGAUUACAUUGAUGGAAAGUUGCCUCAUUUCGAAAUGCCUCCACAGAAAGAGAAGAUUCACGAGGCUGAACCGGUUUCAGAAACUGCAGUGGCGGAUGUUGGCGUGGUGGAGAAUGUUUUGGAUGAUCUGAAGUCGUUUGAUUUGGAAAAUGGAUUAGAGCUGAAUAAAUUGGCUUGAAGAAUUUGAAACUAGGGUUGAUAAAUGUGAAAAAAGAAUGAAAUCAUGCCUUUCACAUCAUCUUAUAAUACAAUGUGAAUGUGUGUGCAAAGGGAGAGACAACCCACAUUUUGUAUAUUGUAGUGUAUCACAUGUAUUGUCAUUACCAUCAAGAUCUCAUGUAAUAAAACAAAACACAUGUGAGUUUUAUUCUAUAGUAAUGAUCAUAAUUAUGGAACUUAA